AUGUGCCAAGAGGAUUCAUGGCGCCUGGCCAAGCACCACGUCGAGAGCAUAGCUGGGUCGAUGGAUCUCAUCGGUCUUGCAGUAAGUACAAGUACAGUAUAUACAGUACCGGAAUUUGUACCUGACUGCAAGCCUUUGCAUGAAGUAUCUGUAUUUGCGUCUGAAGCAGGCAGAGGUGUCUUGGCUCAGGACCAUCCGUGUCACCUCACGGACUUGGAUGCAACUGUGAAUCGAGGCUGCAUCAUUUUAGACGCUGCAAGCACGGCACUAGGUAAAGUAAUUGGGCGAGAAUCGAGUCAGCGCAUGCAGCUGGUCUUGGAAUUGCAUGGGUCCUGUUGCCGCCGUAUUUUGCCUUGGAUAAUCAAAAGAUGCUGA